AUGUAUUCUGUGAACGAGAUUGAAAUAUCAAAUCAAGACAGUGCUGGCGCUGCAUCACACUCGCCACUUAAAGCUGCACUUCAAAAAUCUCACAAGGAAACAAGUGGCCUGAAACAAGCAGCAAUCGAUAAAUACAGAGAUUUUAUACGGAGAGAGAAGAAGAGCUACAAUGACAAGAAGUGGAAAAAGGUUAAAGAAGAACGAAAACAAUCAACUGGUGCUGAGCCUUGCUACCGUACUGCAUUAAAGGAGAGUCGGUCCAUUAGAGAGUUUGAGUGUUUAAAUAAAAUUGACGAAGGUGCAUACGGCGUUGUGUAUAGAGUUCGCGACAAGUCAACAGACGAUAUAGUGGCUCUGAAACAACUUAAAGCGCUUAAAGAAACAGAAGGAUUGUCCAUUGCUGCUGAGAGGGAAUUAAACACUCUGCUUAAACUAAAACACCCCAACAUUGUCGCAGGAUGGGAUAUAGCAGUGAGCUCUAAAAGAAAUCAUGUGUAUGUGGUAAUGGAGUACGUACCGCACCAGUUGAGAAGUUUUUUAGAGACGAUGCGGCAAAAUCAUCUACUAUUCGGCCCAGAACACGUAAAAUGCCUGAUGUCGCAACUGCAGAGGGCGGUACAGUAUCUUCAUACCAAUCACAUCAUACACAGAGAUCUCAAGACUCACAACAUCCUGCUGUCUCAAGACGGUGUUUUAAAACUAGCAGACUUUGGAAUGACUCGAGAGUACGGAUUCCCUCUUCAACAAUAUACACCCGGCGUGUGCACGCGCUGGUACCGUGCGCCUGAACUGCUGUUGCUCAGCCCACAAUACUCCACUCCCAUUGACAUGUGGAGUAUCGGGUGUAUAUUCGGUUUAUCUUUAUUGGAAGGAUUAUUGACUUAUAACCCGGCAAGGAGAGUGACAGCAGCCGCUGCUUUAGAGCACGCAUUCUUCAAGGAGCAGCCGGUGGCCAUCGAGCCGGCCAUGUUCCCGAUGGCGAUGCAGUCGGAGGACAGUGGCCAGUACUCCGCCACUGAACCGGAAGAGGAUUGCGGCUCUCACCCUUAG